CCCACACGUAGCCUACAUCUGGGCGGAGGGAGCUAGUAAAUUCGCAUUAUUCAGUUGUGAUGUUCGGGUUUAGGCUGCAUUCGUUGUAAAUAACCCGACCAGCUGAUCGAUCACCUUGCACAGUGAGUUUUGUUUUGCUAAAAAUACUUUACUUUUUAAAUAAUUAUGUUGCCUAUGUUUACUGAAUUAUUAUGCUUUUUUAUAGAAUUCCAGUUAUUUGUAGGCCUAUUUGCAUAAUAUUUAUAGAUCCGUAAUGUUUUGGAUCACUCAUUAAAACUGUUGACCCAUUAACUGUAAAAGUUACUUUAAAUGUUAUGUUCAACUUUAAACGAACUACAACUUUUAAGGAUUAAUGAAGCCUUCAUUACUUAACCCUUUAGAAGGCCAACAGAUGCUUAAGAAACCAUUCUAGCAGAAGUCAGCAGUAGAAACAAUAACUAAGCAGAUAUUCUGCCUCUGUUGCAGUAAAAAGCUGAGGGAUGGAGCUGGAGAAAUGUAACCACUCUCAAAUUCAUAGACAUAACUAUGUAUGCAAGGACUGACCAUCCAUGAUACCAACAUUAUACUGUAGUUUUAACCAUGUUUUGAGGUUAUAUAGUGUUAGUUUACAUUUACUUUAUUUACAAACAUUGGAGUAGAUAGGCUUAUAUUUUGGAUUCUGAUGGGGUACGACAGUUGAACUAAACUCAUGAGGCAUUUUAUAAAUGAUAUUCUUCAAGAAUCAAUGGGUACAUAUUGUAAAAACUGUUGGUCACUAAAUCCGGCUAGAAUGACCAAGUAAAAAUGGUUGGCUGGUAUGCCCUAACCCGUCUGAGCGGUCGGCUGUAAAUGCCCUCACCCGCUAUAUACUUAUAACUGAUUGGUUUGGUUCUAUCCUCUGUAGUGCUGUCCGGUUAUAACAUGAUGUUGAGGCCCAUCACUGUACUCUUGAUAGUCACCACCACACACACGCAGACGCAGCUGUUUCCAUUUGGAGAGGUGUAUAUGGUUUGGUAAUCUGAAUGAUUUUGAAUUUUAUUGUUGUGUUUCUAUAAGACAAAGAUAUGCACACAUGUAAACAGUAUUAGUUAAGGGUUAUAACUAUGCAAUAUACAUACAGUACCAGUCAAAAGUUUGGACACACCUACUCAUUCAAGGGUUUUUCUUUAUUUUUACUAUUUUCUACAUUGUAGAAUAAUAGUGAAGACAUCAAAACCCUGAAAUAACACGUAUGGAAUCAUGUAGUAACCAAAAAAGUGUCAAACAACCCAAAUAUAUUUUAUAUUAGAGAUUCUUCAAAGUAGCCACCCUUUGCCUUGAUGACAGCUUUGCACACUCUUGGCAUUCUCUCAACCAGCUUCAUGAAGUAGUCACCUGGAAUGCAUUUCAAUUAACAGGUGUGCCUUGUUAAAAGUUAAUUUGUGGAAUUUCUUUCCUUAAUGCAUUUGAGCCAAUCAGUUGUGUUGUGACAAGGUAGGGGUGAUAUACAGAAUAUAUCCCUAUUUGGUAAAAGACCAAUUCCAUAUUAUGUCAAGAACAGCUCAAAUAAGCAAAGAGAAACGACAGUCCAUCAUUACUUUAAGACAUGAAGGUCAGUCAAUCCGGAACAUUUCAAGAACUUUGAACGUUUCUUCAAGUGCAGUCGCAAAAACCAUCAAGCGCUAUGAUGAAACUGGCUCUCAUGAGGACCGCCAAAGGAAAGGAAGACCCAGAGUUACCACUGCUGCAGAGGAUAAGUUCAUUAGAGUUACCAGCCUCAGAAAUUGCAGCCCAAAUAAAUGCUUCACAGACUUCAAGUAACAGACACAUCUCAACAUCAGCUGUUCAGCGGAGACUGCAUGAAUCAGGCCUUCAUGGUCGAAUUGCUGCAAAGAAACCACUACGAAAGGACACCAAUAAUAAGAAGAGACUUGCUUGAACCAAGAAACGCGAGCAAUGGACAUUAGACCGGUGGAAAUCUGUCCUUUGGUCUGAUGAGUCCAAAUGUGAGAUUUUUGGUUCCAACCGUCGUGUCUUUGUGAGACGCAGAGUAGGUGAACAGAUGAUCUCUGCAUGUGUGAUUCCCACCGUGAAACAUGGAGGAGGAGGUGUGAUGGUGUGGGGUGCUUUGCUGGUGACACUGUCUGUGAUUUAUUUAGAAUUCAAAGGCACACUUAACCAGCAUGGCUACCACAGCAUUCUGCAGCGAUACGCCUUCCCAUCUGGUUUGCGCUUAGUGGGACUAUCAUUUGUUUUUCAACAGGACAAUAACCCAACACACCUCCAGGCUGUGUAAGGGCUAUUUGAGCAAGAUGGAGAGUGAUGGAGUGCUGCAUCAGAUGACUUGGCCUCCACAAUCACCUGAUCUCAACCCAAUUGAGAUGGUUUGGGAUGAGUUGGACCACAGAGUGAAGGAAAAGCAGCCAACAAGUGCUCAGCAUAUGUGGGAACUCCUUCAAGACUGUUGGAAAAGCAUUCCAGGUGAAGCUGGUAGAGAGAAUGCCAAGAGUGUGCAAAGCUGUCAUCAAGGCAAAGGGUGGCUACUUUGAAGAGGGAUAAUUAAGGUAGGCUGAGCAGCCAAACUAACGGGAGUUAAGGGAAACUGAAGGGACUGUGAGGUGAAGUUAGGUAGAGAGGAGAGGAGCAGGACGGCCUUCUUUACACAUAUCCUUAAUUUGUCAAAAAAUUUAUGUAGCAACUGCUGAUUGCCCCUUUAAGCAAAUUUCAUAUGUUAUAAAGAGUGGCAAAGGAUCACAUUUGCCAAAGACCUGGAUUUUAUAUAUAGGCCUUUCAUAUCACACGUUAUACAGUAUUACUUUGUUUAUAAAUUAUGUAGUGCUUAUCAAGACUUUAUGAAUGCCAUAUAAAGCCUUCAUACAUUGUAGUUCGUUUAAAGUGGGACCAAACGUUCAAAGUACUGGACUGAUUGAAGUUACCACGUCUUAAAAUUACUUUAUUUAUAGAAUAUGAUGUCGCGGAUACUCCAUAGAGGUGAUUUACUAAGCCUGGGGACACACUUGAUGCUGUGUUUUCUCUGUGGCAUGAUGUCGGAAGAUCCUACAACAGGAAGUGCAGUUGGCUUGAUGACAAAAUAUCCUUUGAUUGAUGGGUAAGUGAACGGAGGAAAGUUGUCUUAGUUAUUCUGGCUUUCCUAAAAUAGAGAGAAGUUUAUCCUACAGUAUUCCUUAUUAUUGGUUAAUUAUAUAUUUGUCUGUGCAGAGAUACAUAGAUAUUUUUGUUAAAUCAUAUGCAGCCUAAAAUAUUAAUAGCUCAAGGAUUUUCAACGGUAAACUUUUGGAAAUUUGGCAGUAAGUAUCCAAAACAAGUGUAGUUCCAAAGACAAAUAAUUACCAUCCCGUACUGAGUCAUUCUCGCCCACACACAAGUGGUACUGUAUGGAGCUGUCCCUUUUGAAAUUGGAUAUGUAAAGAUGUCUUCCUCCAGCUCCACCUUGAGUCACUCCCCUCUAUUCCAUCUGACUGACUCAUCUCUCUCUCUCCUAGACAUAACGACCUAGCUCUGAUGCUAAGGAUUCUCCACAACAACAGACUGAGUCAGGUUGACCUACGCAACAUCAGCAAAGUGGCCACGGACAUCAACCGACUCACAACGGGACAUGUCGGCGCUCUGGUAGGUUAAUGUAUGGUUAAUCGUAGCCUAAGUGUGUGUGUGUGUAUGUGUGUGUGUGUAUGCGUGUGCAUGCUUGUGUGAGUGUGUGAGUGUUUAUGUGUGUGUGUCCCCGUGCGUGUGUAUACUGAGUUGUACUAAAGCCAUAAUACCCUUCUAACUCAAGUGUUGCUCUCUGGCCUCCUGCUUUGUCCCCAUCCCAUGCUCUGAUCAGGUGUUUGCAGCCUACGUGUUGUGUGGCGCCCAGAAGAAGGAUGCUGUGCGGCUCACACUGGAACAGAUAGAUGUGAUCCACCGUAUGUGUACAGAGAACCCAGAACUGGAGCUGGUUACAUCUGUAAAAGGUAUACAAUAUACCAGGGGUAGGCAAAUAGAUUCAGCCGCGGGACGAUUUUUGUCAGCGUGGAUGGCCGUGGGGCCAGAACAUAAUUAUAAUCAUUUGUACACUGCAAAUUGACCACAAAUAAGCCCAAUAAGAGAUUGUAUUUGAAAAUAACAAUAGUUUCAUACCUUGAUUACAUUGAGACAUGAUCAUGUUUCUGUCACGAUCGUUGAACGGAGUAGACCAAGGCGCAGCGUGAUGAGCGAACAUACUUUAUUAACAAUAGUGAUAACACGAACAAAACAAUAAACGAUAACGUGACGUCCUAGGUUAAACACAACCAACACGGAACAAAUCAAAAGGAACAAGAUCCCACAACACUGUGGGAAACCAGCCUGUUUAAAUGUGGUUCCCAAUCAGAGACAACCAGCAACAGCUGACACUUGUUGCCUCUGAUUGAGAACCACACUGGCCAACAUAGAAAUACCUAAACUAGAAUGUACAAUACAGAACACCAACACAUAGAAUCUACACACCCUGGCUAAACAUAUAGAGUCCCCAGAGCCAGGGCGUGACAGUACCCCCCCCCAAAGGCGCGGACUGCGACCGCGCCUAAACAUAAACCAAACAGGGGAGGGCUGGGUGGGCAUUCCUCCUCGGAGGCGGUUCCGGCUCCGGGCUUGACCACCACCCUUCAACCAUCCCCCCGUAGCGCCCCUGGUCCGGUCUGGCCCCGCUGGCUGGAGCUGGACUGGACAUCGUAGGAGCGGAUUGCUUAGGCUCCGGUGUGGAGCAGCUGACCGGUACCUGACCAGGCACCGGUGACCCAGGCACGGGUUGUGCCGGACUGACGACGCGCACCCCUGGCCUGGUGCGUGGAGCAGGAACGGACCGGACCGGGCUGACGAUGCGCACCCCUGGCUUGGUGCGUGGAGCAGCAACGGGCCGGACCGGGCUGACGAUGCGCACCCCUGGCUUGGUGCGUGGAGCAGGAACGGGCCGUACCGGGCUGACGAUGCGCACCCCUGGCUUGGUGCGUGGAGCAGCAACGGGCCGGACCGGGCUGACGAUGCGCACCCCUGGCUUGGUGCGUGGAGCAGGAACGGGCCGUACCGGGCUGACGAUGUGCACCCCUGGCUUGGUGCGUGGAGCAGCAACGGGCCGGACCGGGCUGACGAUGCGCACCCCUGGCUUGGUGCGUGGAGCAGGAACGGGCCGUACCGGGCUGACGAUGCGCACCCCUGGCUUGGUGCGUGGAGCAGCAACGGGCCGUACCGGGCUGACGAUGCGCACCCCUGGCUUGGUGCGUGAAGCAGGAACGGGCCGUACCGGGCUGACGACUCGCACCCCUGGCUUGGUGCGAGUGGCAGGAACAGGCCGGGCCGGGCUGGCGACGCGCACCAUUGGCUUGGUGCGGGAAGCAGGAACAAGCCGGGCCGGGCUGCGACGCACACCGUAGGCUUGGUGCGAGUGGCAGGAACAGGCCGGGCCGGGCUGGCGACGCGCACCGUAGGCUUGGUGCGAGUGGCAGGAACAGGCCGGGCCGGGCUGGCGACGCGCACCGUAGGCUUGGUGCGAGUGGCAGGAACAGGCCGGGCCGGGCUGGCGACGCGCACCAUUAGCUUGGUGCGGGGAGCAGGAACAGGCCGGGCCGGGCUGACGACGCGCACCAUUAGCUUGGUGCGGGGGAGCAGGAACAGGCCGGGCCGGCUGGCGACGCGCACCGUAAGCUUGGUGCGAGGGGCAGGAACAGGCCGGGCCGGGCUGGCGACGCACACCGUAGGCUUGGUGCGAGUGGCAGGAACAGGUCGGGCCGGGCUGGCGACGCGCACCGUAGGCUUGGUGCGAGUGGCAGGAACAGGCCGGGCCGGGCUGGCGACGCGCACCAUCAACUUAGUGCGGGGAGCAGGAACGGGCCGGACCGGACUGGUGACGCACACCACUUGCUUGGUGUGAGGAGCGGGACUGGGUUUCGUCAUAACCCUCCGCUCCCUCAGCUGCCUACACAGUUCCUCUCGCCGUGCCUCUAUUCUCACCUUCUCCCUUAUCGCCUCCAGUAGCUCCACCCUCUGCACCACUAACUCCUGCUCCCUCUGCACCAAUAGCCCCCUUAACCUGGUGGCCUCCUCACCUAACCUCCUAAUAUGCCCUGUAGCUGCCUCCUGCUGCCCCUAAAAUUUUUUUGGGGUUGCCUCUCGUCCGUCCGACGACGACACUGUUGACGCCGUUGCUCCUCUCUCCGUCGCGCCUCCACCGUCUCCUUCCAUGGACGGCAAUCCAUCCCGGCCUGGAUUUCCUCCCAGGUCCAGGACCCCUGCCCGUCCAAUAUUUGCUCCCACGUCCAGGCUGCCUGCUCCUGGACACGCUGCUUGGUCCUGGUAUGGUGGGAUCUUCUGUCACGAUCGUUGAACGGAGUAGACCAAGGCGCAGCGUGAUGAGCGAACAUACUUUAUUAACAAUAGUGAUAACACGAACAAAACAAUAACGCGACGUCCUAGGUUAAACACAACCAACACGGAACAAACCAAAAGGAACAAGAUCCCACAACACUGUGGGAAACCAGCCUGUUUAAAUGUGGUUCCCAAUCAGAGACAACCAGCAACAGCUGACACUCGUUGCCUCUGAUUGAGAACCACACUGGCCAACAUAGAAAUACCUAAACUAGAAUGUACAACACAGAACACCAACACAUAGAAUCUACACACCCUGGCUCAUUUUUUAUUCGUGGGAAUACUUAAUUAUUAUAUAUUUAUUUCUGAAUUCCAGGUGAUUUUAGCAUUUUUCCCCCCCCUAAAAAACUAAAAGUGUAUUUGAAUGUGUGUGGUUUUGUGUGGGAGUGUCAGUGUAGUGUGUGUGAGUGUAUACUGUACAUAGUGUAUACAGUAUAUAGUCUAGUGAGUGUGCAGAGUCAGUGCAAGAUAGGGUCAAUACAGAUAUUCCGGGGUAACCAUUUAAUUAGCUAUUUAGCAGCCUUAUGGCUUUGGGGUAGAAGCUGUUCUGGAGCCUGUUGGUCCGAGAGACGAUGCUUCGGUACCGUUUGCAGGAUGGUGGCAGAGUAAACAGUCUAUGGCUUGGGUGGCUGAAGUCUUUGCCAAUUUUUUGGGCCUUACUUUGACACCGCCUGAUAUAGAGGUCCUGGAUGGCAUGGAGCUCGGCCCAAGUGAUGUACUGCGCCAUCCACACCACCCUCUGUAGCGCUUUAUAUUUGCCAUACCAAGCGAUGAUGCAGCCAGUCAAGAUGCUCUCAAUGGUGCAGCUGUAGAACUUUUUGAGGAUCCGAGGGCGCAUGCCAAAUCUUUUCAGCCUCCUGAGGGGGAAGAGGUGUGUGUGUGUGUGUGUGUGGACCAUGUUAAGUCCGUAGUGAUGUGGAUGCCAAGGAACUUGAAGCUCCCGACCCGCUCCACAUCGAUGUGGAUGGGGGCGUGCUCUCCCCCCUUUUUCCUGUAGUCCACGAUCAGCUGCUUACUGACAUUAAGGGAGAGGCUGUUGUCUCUGAUCUCCUCCCUGUAGGCUGUCUCAUUGCCGUCCGUGAUCAGGCCUACCACCGUCGUGUCGUCAGCAAACUUGAUGAUGGUUUUGGAGUUGUGCGUGGCCACGCAGUCGUGAGUGAACAGGGAGUACAGGAGGGGACUAUUCACACACCCCUGAUGGGCCCCUGUGUUGAGGGUCAGUAUGGCGGAGGUGUUGUUGCCUACCUUCACCACCUGGGGAGCGGCCUGUCAGGAUGUCCAGGAUCCAGUUGCAGAGGGAGGUGUUCAGUCCCAGGGACCCGAGCUUGGUGAUGAGCUUGGAGGGCACUAUGGUGUUGAACGCUGAGCUGUAGUCUAUGAACAGCAUUCUCACAUAGUUAUUUCCCCUCUUGUCCAGGUGGGAGAGAGCAGUGUGAAGUUCAACUGAGAUUGCGUAAUCUGUUGGGGCGGUGUGCGAAUUGGAGUGUGUCCAGGAUGUCUGGGAUGAUGUGUGUCAUGACCAGCCUUUCAAAGCACUUCAUAAUUACAGAUGCGAGUGCUACGGGACGAUAGUCAUUUAGGAAGGUUACCUUGGAGUUCUUAGGAACAGGAACAAUGGUGGGCAGCUUCAAACAUGUUGGGCUUACAGACUGGGCAAGGAGACACUUGCCAGCUGGUCUUCCGUCUGGCCAGUCAUUUAUGCUCUCUGAUGUCAUUUGAUGGGUUUUCCAAAUGGAUCUUUCCAACAUUAUGGAAAUGUGUGGUUGUUCAAGUGGGUUGAUGCCUAGUAAAAAUAUGUUUCUGCCCCAUUUACAGUAGUAUGAUGAUGAUGAUGAUGUGUGUGUGUAUCAUGUGUGUGUAUUCAACAGGACUAAAUGACACUAAGAGGAUAGCGUGUCUGAUCAGCAUUGAGGGAGGUCAUUCUAUAGACAGCAGCCUGCCAACCCUGCGUAUGUUUUACCAGCUGGGGGUUCGCUCAAUGGCCUUCACACACACCUGCAACACACCUUGGUGAGCACACGCACACACACACACAUGCACACACACACACACACACACACACACACACACACACACACACACACACACACACACACACACACACACACACACACACACACACACACACACACACACACACACACAGACUCAUGCACAAUAUGUGUUAUAUUUUGGCUUGACAUCUUGGGUUCUUGCUACUGGGCUAUGACACAGUAGUUUUUUCUUGCUGCAGGGCUGAGUCCUCCUCAACAAUCUAUGAUGUCUAUCAAAGAGAAAAUGACAGCCUAACAGACUUCGGUAAGGUAAGGUGAACCUUUAACACUAAGUCUGUGUUAAAGCCAAGACUUGUAGCCUACGCCGGUCACUUCACGCGUCAUACUGGAGCGGAAUGACAUUUCGCUACACUUACGUCUUUAAGUCACAAACAUUCUUGAUCCUUGACGACUUUUAGGGGGCUGUGUAACACUGAUGAUCUCAUCACUGAGAGUUUUACUGUUUGAAGUGCUUACUUCAAGAUAAGUUGAGCAAAGUGUUGAUGUUUUUAAUGUCAGCAGAUAGGUACAAUGACGUACAUAGAGCACAUAAUUACUGGGACACCUCAAUAACACGGCAAGUGGUAGCGUUAUAAUGCUUUAUCUGUUCUCUCUCUGUCUGUCUUUCUCUCUCUCAGGAUGUGGUGAAGGAAAUGAACAGAUUGGGGAUGAUAGUAGACCUGUCCCAUAGUUCCUGGGCCACAGUCAGGGCAGUACUGCAGGUCUCCAAAGCUCCAGUUAUUUUCAGCCACUCCUCAGCCCAUGCCGUGUGUAACCACAGCCGCAAUGUCCCUGAUGACCUGCUCCACGAACUGGUGAGACCAAUGGCUAGAACUCUCUCUCUGUCUCCCUCUCUCGCUCUCUCUCUCUCUCUCUCUCGCUGUCUCUGUCUGUCUGUCUCUCUGUCUCUCUCUCGCAAACACUCCUCCAUCCCUCCUCCCUUUCAACCACCAUCGGCACGGUCACUCAGUGUGGGUGGCCUAUGUUUAUCAGGAGAGACUUUUGGAAUGAUGUUUUGACGAUGUCCUUUCUGAAGUGUUUCUUUAAUCAACUUGUCCUUUAUUUGCAUUUCCUGUUUUACAGUGCCUUCAGAAAGUAUUCAUACCCCUUGACUUAUUCCACAUUUUGUUGUGUUACAGCCUGAAUUCAAAAUUGAUUAAAUAUAUAUAUAUUAUCCAUCUACACAUGAUACCCCAUAAUGACAAAGUGAAAACAUGUUUUUAGAAAUUUUUGCAAAUGUAUUGAAAAUGAAAUACAUAAAUAUCUAAUUUACAUAAGUAAUCACACCCCUGAAUCAAUACAUGUUAGAAUCACCUUUGGCAGCGAUUACAGCUGUGAGUCUUUCUGGGUAAGUCUCUAAGAGCUUUGCACACCUGGAUUGUACAAUAUUUGCCCAUUAUUCUUUUUUAAAUUCUUCAAGCUCUGUCAAGUUGGUUGUUGAUCAUUGCUAGACAGCCCUUUUCAAGUCUUGCCAUAGAUUUUCAAGCCGAUUUAAGUCAAAACUGUAACUAGGCCACUCAGGAACACUCAUUGUCGUCUUGGUAAGCAACUCCAGUGUAUAUUUGGCCUUGUGUUUUAGGUUAUUGUCCUGCUGAAAGGUGAAUUUGUCUCCCAAUGUCUGUUGGAAAGCAGACUGAACCAAGUUUUCCUCUAGGAUUUUGCUCUAUUCCGUUUAUUUUUAUCCUAAAAAAACUCCCUAGUCCUUGCCGAUGACAAGCAUACCCAUAACAUGAUGCAGCCACCACCAUGCUUGAAAAUAUGAAGAGUGGUACUCAGUGAUGUGUUGUUUUGGAUUUUCCCCAAACAUAACGCUUUGUAUUCAGGACAAAAAGUUCAUUUCUUUGCCAAUUUUUUUGCAGUUUUACUUUAGUGCUUUACUGCAAACAGGAUGCAUGUUUUGGAAUAUUUUUAUUCGGUACAGGUUUCAAAAUCUAAAUUUAAUCAAUUUUAAAUUCAGGCUGUAACACAUAAAAACGUGCAAAACGUCAAGGGGUGUGAAUACUUUCUGAAGGCACAUGGCUGGAAGGUCAUAUUUUUUGAUGUUCUAUUCUGGGUGUGUUGUUGUUUCAGAAGGAGAACGGAGGACUCGUCAUGGUUAAUCUGCACAGUGGGUUUGUGGCCUGCCAUGGCCAAGCCAAUGUCUCCAUUGUGGCUGGUGAGCAGUUGCCUUUGAUUAGUGUUUACUGGCAUCAAACAAUUAAGUGCAAAAUUGGCUGCCUUGUUAUCAAUCAAGACCUGUUUACAAGAGCAAUACGAAGAACAUCAGUAACAUGUGUAUACAUGAUUUAUCCUAUGUAAAUAUCUUCCUGAUCUUCUGAUAUUCCUCUCACGUUUUGCAGACCAUUUUACCCACAUUAAGAAGGUGGUUGGACCCGAGUUAAUAGGAAUAGGAGGAGACUUUGAUGGAGCGUCUAAGUAAGAACUUGUUGUUACCUCAGAGUAACAACAGCACAUCCAGCUUUAGUUCAUUAAUACAUUAGGCUCCAGCUUGAAUGCUAUCAGAAUGACUCACUUUUUUGUAAGCAGGCUGGUAACAGAUAGCAGCUGCAUUUUACAUGUUGUUCUCCUUUGGCCUAAGGGUUUCAGUAAAACAUAGCCUGUUAUGUUCUACUGUCUGAAGGUUUCCUCUUGGAUUAGAGGAUGUGUCCAAGUAUCCCGCUCUGAUCCAGGAGCUGCUGGAGAGAAACUGGACAGAGAACGAGUUGUCCGGGGUCCUCAGACGCAACUUCCUGCGUGUGUUCAAGGAGGUCGAGAAAGUGAGUGCUAAAGGAACAAAAGCGCUGUGUUUUCAGCUCAUAAAAAAGGCUCCAUGCUACGGUGUGAGUAUUGUAAUCAAAGCCCAUCAAAAACACCUGCAGUAGUAACAAAGGAAUGAAAGGCAUCUCUGUCUGGGACUGAAUGUCCAUCUGAGUACGUUGUGGUAUGAAGGGAACUGAGAACUGGAAAGGAGCCCAGUAUAGUGCAUGGAAAAUCCCACUUGGUUUUUCUUGUUCAGUAGAGUCACUGUCACGGCAUCAUAACACAGUGUAAACUUCUCUCUCUCUCCCUCCCUCCUUCUCCCUCUCCCUUCCCCAGGAGCGUGACAGGCAGAAAGAGAAAGGAACUCUCCCCAGUGAAGCUCAGAUCGACUUGGCUGAGGUUCAGAACCCCUGCAGGCUGGUUCUCAGGCGACCCGACCACCAGGGGAUCAAGAAGGAACAGAUGUACUCCAAGGGCCACAGUGAACUGGUGGCCCCCAGGAGUCUGGUCUGGACUGUGGUUGUACUAAUCUCCUGCCUCUGUGUCCUGAUGGACCAUUAAGACUAUAAUAAUAUGGCCUCGAUUCAAUCAGAUCGAGCACUAACCCGCGCUGGCCGAUAUCCGCAUAGCUGAUGUUUUGGCAGUAUUGGAGGUGUAACUGUGGUGUGAGCUGACAAAUAGGUGUGUGGCUGCUCUUUUGUGUCACCAACCACUCCCUUCCUUACUAUCCCUAUGCAUUAGAUGUUCAAAACGACAAAAGCAAGUGUAGGCUCUGUCGAUGAUGGAGAUAAUGACAGGCCAAUGCAUGUUUUCAUGUUCAUUUGGAUGGGGGGAUUUAUAACCUAUCAGUCUAUGUAGACAAUAGACCAUUACGCAUUAGAGUGGUUGAAACAUGAGCUUCUAACGCGGCUACAUGGGAUUUGUGGGAUAUAAAGUCAGGUGUGGUUUCAUUGUAUCCAAUGGCAGUGUCCACGAUAAUGUACCGUAAGGGGCUGCUCUAAUGCAGUUCCUCCUCCGACACUGCCAAAACAACUGCUAUGUGGAUGUCGGCUACAACGGAUCUGAUAGAAUCUAGCUCUUAGUGUUACUAAACUAUUAGCAGUGCUUGACUUGGGCAGGAGCCUACCGGAGCCGAGUACCGGCACCUCAAAUUCUCUAUUGCUUGAGCUCUUUUUACUCUUAUAGAAUAUUAGCUCAAAAGUAUAGUGGAGCUCCUGCACCUAAAUAUAAACAGUACUUGCACCCAAAAUUAGUACUGGCACCUAUUUAGUAGUACUACUAGUGUUGUAUUAGUAGUGUUAUAUUACACUACAACCAUGUUUCUCCGACAGUUACAAGCCUAGCUUUACCGUGUUUACUGUGUCACUUGCUUACAUGCAGAUGUGAUCUGGCCUACAAAGAACUUUACCUCAUUUUUAGUUUCGGUCAUUUUGACCUUGAAGGAGUUGUAUAUUUACACAAAGCUCUGCAUGAACUUUGCACUAUAUUACAUUGAGUUCAACACGUUGAACUCUUUUUACAUAUCUCAUUAUAAAAAUAUAUGUUGUUAUGUUAUGUUUGUUUAUUGAUACAGUCAAGGCCACAAGGUCAUUCUGAGGCAUUUACAAGGUCAUACUGAGGCAUUUAGCUUUAUUUAUCUGAGGACACAGACCUUGAGGUUCAUCACACAAACUUGAUUGUCACAAUGAAACUAUUUCAUAGCAAGUGAAGAUUUCAUCUUAACAUUAAGAUUAUUGUAACAUUUCCUCACAAGAGGGUACAGUGAAACGGUAUGUAACUAACAUGUUAAUAUACUGUAAUGCCUCCUACAGUCAUCUCAGGAAUGUUGUAUUCUGUAUUCAUAUCAUAGGUUAUAUCAUAUUUAUUUUGCCUUUCUCUUAAGUAAAUAAUGCUUUGAGUUUUCUGUUUUUCUACCAUCUUAUUUUGUGAACACAUUGAUAUAUCUGAAGUCAAGAAAAUUACAUUCUGGUUGAAUAUGGAAAUGAAUCAUGAUUUUAUUGCCACGUUCAGAUAAGUACUCUUCCUUUUUUACAGCUCUUGCAGUCUACAAGAAAUAAAAGGAAAUGUGUGCGUAUGCUACUCUGUUCGUUCAGGUGGCCCAGAAAGUAUUCUUCAUGCCUAUCAUAAUGACUUUUGUACAGAAAUAGCAGAUCAACAACUAUACAUUACAUUGAAUGAUGUAAAACCUCUUCUCUUUCAACAAUUACAAUUACAAUUACAAUAAUCAUAAAUCAAAAUGAUUUCAAAACAAUCUCUGGCAUCUACAUUUACAAGCUCUGUCUCUGCCAUCUGUUGAAAUACCCCAACUGGCAUUUCUUUGUUCAUUAUCUACAAUCCGAAAAAUCUUAACCUCAUCGGGGGAAGAUAGAGAAAAUAAAUAAGAAAAUAAAUAUAAAAGUUAUUAUUCCACCAACCAAAAAAGGACUCAAAUUGGCACUCUACACAGAGGCCUUCAUACGGCCCACCCAAGACUAUGCGCUAUCUGGCAAGCUAAUCCUUGAUGAGGGAAAGCCCACCAUAAUUUAUUUUCUGCAAAAAAAUACAAAAAUACUGACUCAGUCGACAUAGAAAAUUAAUGUUUGAUGGAUGUAUGUGUAAAAGUAGCAGUUGUUAGUGGUCUCCUAUUGCAGAAAUAGGUUUGUGAAUGACACAAGCUUUAGUUGCCUUGGCAAUAAGGCAUUCAUAUGAGGGAAUUAUAGCAUGUCAUCUUUAAAGGCUACUGUCCUCGUGGAAGGCAAUACAUUCCACAGAAAUGCCAGGCAAAUUAUUAUUGCUUUCUGUGGUCCUCAAAUUCCACAAUAAAAGUCCUCUUAAUUCCAUCAUUAAUUGGCACAGUUUGUGUGUACUGUAUGUUGAGGAUCGGCUGGAUGCUGCUGCCGGUGCUGCAGUGCCCCCGGUGGUCGGGGUGGAAUGUUUCCUGUCGAGGCAGUAUCAUGACCUAUGACCCCAGUGGUUUCUGAUAGGUCAGGAGUAGAUAGUGAUGACCUCUCGUCCUCCUCCUCUCACCAGCAGCACUCUCUCCAAACCUUCCGUCAGCACCUCCAGAAACUCCAUAUCUGGGCCAGAGUUAAGCACUGCUAUAACCAGCAACUCUGCUCUGCAUCGCUGCACCUGCGAUUACAUCUGCAAAUCUGUGUACGUGACCAAUUAACUUUGAUUUGAUGUUCAGCUCAAAAGCCAGUAGUCUUUCAUCUCGGUAGACAUAGCCAAAUAUUUCGUGCAUGCUGGCUGGCCAUCUACUAAUACUCAUUCGGUCAUCUUUUACACAACUCAUGCUACACUCAACCCCAAAUUACACUCCCUAACCCCAUAAUGAGCCCUAAAACUGUCCUAAAAAAUGAAAUAUUGUACCACACAGACCUCUAAGACCAGUGUUGUCCAGUAAAUUGAGAGCAGCUGUUAGUGAAGGAUACAGUUCUCGUCUCCGUCUGUGUUGCGUGGCGGCCCCGGCAUGUUGAGCAGCACCAGACGAGCAUCAUGGGACUUGUUGACGAUUACCUCGUUCAGCUUCACUGCCGUGUGCAUCCGCCGCACAUUGGACUGGUCCCUGGGACACAACCACAUACAGAUGUUACAAUGCAAUCCAGAACAUUCAAGUAUUUAAAGGGAUAGUUCACCCAAAUUACACAUUGGUUUCCUUACCCUGAAUGCAGUCUAUAGACAAAGUAUGACAGCAAUCCAGUUUCCCUGGCUCUGUUUCCACAUGCUAAAGUUUUAGCAUUUGUGGCACAAGUCCCAUUCAAGUCAUGGGACCGAUAUUAUCAUUUUUCACACAUCAUGUCCAAAUCAUCCGAAAGUAUCUAAAAUUGAUUUUGAACCUCAAAAAAGUACCUUAUAGAAGUUUUGAACAUGAUGUGCAAGAAAUGUUAUAUCGAUACCAUGAUUUUAAUGGGAUUUGUGCCACAAAUGCUAAAACGUUAGCAUGUGGAAAUGGUGCCAGGGAAACUAUACUAAAGCAUGGAUUGCUGUCAUACCUUGUACAUAGACUGCUUACAAAGUAAGAAAACCAAUAUGUAAUUUUGUAAUUUGGGUGAACUAUCCCUUUAACAAUGCCGUGGAAUAAUGUUCAGAUAUCUAACAGUGAACAGCAUGAACCAACUCAGUCAUAAAGCAGAAAGACAUCAAGUGCAGUCCACAUACCAAAGCUCACCCCACCCCGCCAUUCCAAUUCAUUGCAUGGAACUUACAGACUCAGAGUGAUCAGAAUAACAUAUUACUAACAGGAACUUACAGACUCCGAGUGAUCAGAAUAACAUAUUACUAACAGGAACUUACAGACUCAGAGUGAUCAGAAUAACAUAUUACUAACAGGAACUUACAGACUCCGAGUGAUCAGAAUAACAUAUUACUAACAGGAACUUACAGACUCCGAGUGAUCAGAAUAACAUAUUACUAACAGGAACUUACAGACUCAGAGUGAUCAGAAUAACACAUCACUCACAGGAUGAACCAUUCUCUGUCUGCAAGACAACAGAAGCAGAAAAAAAGAGAGAGAAGAAGGAAGACUAG